AUGGCGGCGCUCCCGGACACGGCGGUGAGGCUCGGGGACGGCGGUCGAAGCGGUGGACGACGGCGGGCGGCGACAGGGGCGCUCGGGCGAGUAUCCACGGUUUAUUUUCGUCCCACCACUUUCAUACGUUUUAUUUCACUGGGUUUUUUUCGUCUUGGCUUCCCCCGUGCGAACGAACAAAAUACCAGCUCCUCUCCAUUCCCGUCCCCACUCCACCAUGUACAACAUCCCUUCGCCGCCGCCCCGUCUCUGAUCUCCCUGCCGCCGACCCUUGCCGCCGCCCCGUCUCCGAUCUCCCUGCCACUGACCCUUGCCGCCGCCCCGUCUUCGAUCCCAAGGAAAUCAUGCCCCCUGCCCCUCUCCCUCUCGUGGUCUCGCAGCUCUCUCCUCUCGAACACAACUCUAGGGUUCCAUCGCCGCCAGGACGCCUACGGGAUCCAGAGAAGGAUCAAGACAGUGGCGACGGUCGCACGGCUCCCCUUCAAGUCGAGCAAACCCACCCCCUCCCGGUCCUCUCGUUCAUCUCUCUCUUUUGAAACGUCGGCGGCGGGUGGUGGCAUCAUUGGCGGCGGCGGCAAAUCAGGUAGAAUCCAUCCCUCUCUCCCUAAGCAUGAUGUUCUCGUCGUCUCUCUAGCGCUACAAAACCACAGGGGGCGGCGGCCUGAGGGCGUGGGCUUCUGUGCGCUGGGGUGGUUUUGCGGCGGUGGCCGGAGGAGGCAUAUGACUGGCGGGCUGAAGUCGCGGCGUGAUGCGGUGAUGGCGUCGGCGAUGCCGAUGUCUGGAUCUCACAUGGUAACAGCUUGGGGAGGUCAUCCAGCUCGGGCGUGUAGCAAAAACCGGCCGGUGCUAGCUUCUGUGUCUUAUAAAUUUCAUGACAACCAGGAGUAACAAUAUUUUUGAUUAAUUGGGGAUAUGGAUGUUCAGGUGACAUGGAACAUGCUGAGAUUUGGACUUCAAUCCUUGAUUGUGCACGGGUAUGCAUGCUUCAUACCCAUGCUGGAAACAAAUUUUCAUUUUCAAACUGAGUAAUGAUACUAUAACUACCGACAUGUAGAUUUAUGCUCCAUGUAGUAUAUUACUGGUCCAUUAUAGCUAGAUUCAGUUCACCAUUUGCAAGAUCAUAUUCCACUAUAUCGAGACUAAAUAUUGUUUCAUUUAGCUGUUAGUCCAUCUAUGUAGCUCAUUCAGUUCUCUGAAACCUGGGGAGAUUAAUCCAAAGCUG